GGAUAAUGUUUUGUUAUGUUUUAGAAAUUAUUACUUUAUACAGCAAACAGCGCUCCUGUCACAUUCAGCGGAAGUAGACGACGAACGUAGUUUCUACAUGUUUUGCAAUGCGUCGAUACAGCUCUUAAAAACGCUCUCGACCGCGUUUGGAUAAAGCGAGGCCUCCCACAAGUUGUUUUGGGAGCGGCGAAGAGCCCCUCGUUUCUACCAGCGAGCAGAGAGUGGAGAUGGGCGGGAGAACACGCGAGGACGAUGCCGCUGUUCCUGGGAAUCUGCUUGAUUUAAGUCUUCUCUCUGAGUAAAUGGUUUUUUUUUUUGAAUGUCACAGUUUUGACAUUAUGUAUUUGAGCGGGAUUUUUGGAGUUGCUUGAGGGCGCGCUGGACAUUUCUUCCUCCUCCUCCUUUAGCUCUUUAUUGGGGUUCUUUGCUCAAACGUCGCUCAGUUUUUGGCGUCUGGUGGUGCUUCUGCGCGAUCCUGAUUAUAACUACACUACGGCGAAAUACAACCAGGAUGUAAGCAAAAGCGUUGAUGUGGGAAGGAACUUUGGAAACGCAUAUUGAUCCAAACACGGAGCCCUGUUGGUCCCUCCCGCCUAAGCUGGAGAUAGGGAUGGUGUGGCAGGACCCCAGUGGGUUCGGAAAUGCACCAUGUUUGUGAGAACGAUGAGCCUGGCAGACGUGUCCGGCGAGACAUUGGCAGGCAGCUCUUCUCAGUGUCACUGAUUUGGCCGGCAUCUCUCCUCUGAGAUCUCAGCUGAUCUUCAAGCCGUGUGUUGUGAGGGCCGAGAUAUCAUCAGAUUGAGGAAUGUGUGCUCAAUCCAAAAACGAAUGGAGAAGGCUCGAAGCACUGAUAAUCUGGACAGUUCUGGGGAGUCUGGGACCCGAUCGGUGGGAACCACAGCCAACUUGAAGGGGAAGAUGAGUAAAAGGCUUUCUGUUGUGAAAGGUCACUUCCCCAAGCUUGUUGACUGUGCCCACUUUCACUAUGAAAAUGUGGGCUUCGGUUCUAUCGAGCUUCAGUUUGCCAAUGAGCAGAGCGAUGCCAGCUGGACCUCGGGCAGUGCCAAAGAUCUGGUUUUCCUCGUGCAGGUGUCCUGCCAGGGUAAGACGUGGAUGGUGCGGCGUACAUACGAAGAGUUCCGGACACUGGACGCCCACCUACAUCAGUGUAUUUACGACCGCCGUUACUCGCAGCUUUUGGCCCUUCCUCCCCUUUGCGAGAUUGGAGACCGGCUGGAGAUCUUCACACCACUGCUGUCAGAAUAUCUGAACCGUCUCUCCAUGAUCGUGGACAAUAAGCUGAACUGUGGGCCAGUUCUCACCUGGAUGGAGAUUGACAACCAUGGCAACAGGUUCAUGCUGAAAGAAGAAGCAUCUUUAAACGUCCCUGCCAUCGCUGCUGCUCACGUCAUCAAGCGAUAUACUGCUCAGGCUAGCGAUGAGAUCUCUAUUGAGGUUGGUGAUAUAUUGUCAGUGAUUGACAUGCCACCCAAAGAGGACACCACAUGGUGGAGAGGAAAGCAUGGAUUCCAGGUUGGCUUCUUUCCCAGUGAAUGUGUGAAGCUAAUCAAUGAGAAGUUGCCACAGUCGGUCAGCGCUUCUGUCAGUAAGCAAGAGGUGGAUGCUGUAGGCUCCAAACCUGGCAUUAACAACACGACUGAGCCUUCCUCUCCAACAUCAGUUCUCCAUCCUUGGUUCUUAAGCCUGGCUGUGUCUAAGAAACACGGCAAGCUGAUGGGCUUCCUGCGCACCUUUAUGAAGUCCAGACCCACCAAACAAAAGCUAAAGCAGAGGGGAAUCCUAAAAGAACGGGUGUUUGGCUGUGACCUUGGCGAGCAUCUCCUCAAUUCUGGCCAAGACGUGCCGCAGGUACUAAAGAGCUGCUCAGAGUUCAUAGAGAAGCAUGGUGUGGUCGAUGGCAUCUACAGACACUCUGGUGUUUCCUCCAACAUACAGAAACUCAGGCAUGAGUUUGACAGUGAAAAUGUUCCAGACCUGACGAAAGAUGUGUACAUGCAGGAUAUUCACUGCGUCGGCUCGCUGUGCAAGCUCUACUUUAGAGAGCUGCCCAAUCCUCUGCUCACGUACCAACUCUACGACAAGUUUGCUGAAUGUAUGGGAGAGAUGACGGAGGAAGAGAGAAUGAUGAAAGUACAUGAUGUUAUCCAGCAACUUCCUCCUCCUCACUACCGCACUUUGGAGUACCUCAUCAAACACCUGGCUCAUUUGGCCACCUGCAGUGGAGAGACGAACAUGCACAUAAAGAAUCUGGCCAUUGUCUGGGCCCCCAACCUGCUCAGAUCCAAAGAAAUUGAAGCAGUGGGCUUAAGCGGUGCUGAUCCAUUUAAAGAAGUGCGCAUCCAGUCCGUGGUCGUGGAGUUUCUGCUCAGCAAUGUGGAAGUACUGUUCAGUGACUCCUUCACUUCUGUUGGCCGUUUUACUGCAGCACGACAGUCUCUGACCAGACCCAAGUCGUUUGUGUCCACCAGGCUUCUGUCUUUAGAGGAGGCGCAGGCUCGCACACAAGCUCCGCUUCUCCUUCAAGGGUCUCCUCACCACGCUACCAGCCAGUUUCACACUGUACUGGACCUGCCUGCCGACAAAAGGAAAAGAGGGAUGAAGGUCCGGAAGUCGGCAGGUGGGAGCUGGAAGACGUUUUUUGCCAUAGGGAAACCUACAGCGGCAGGGCAACGCAAACCCAGUAGGGUUACCUCUUUGUUCCAGCCUGCUACCUCCCAUGCAGGUUGCAGGGUGGACAGUGUGACACUCAGGUCAGCGAAGAGUGAAGAGUCCUUGUCAUCUCAACACAGUGGAGCAGGUCAGGGAAAGAUACAACGCUUACGAAGGCCGCGCUCCAGCAGUGAUGGUCUCUCGCUGGCUGUCUCUGUUGAUCCACAGCUCCUUCCCCAGCGCUCCCCAUCUAGAAUCCAUUCAAGCCGCUCUUAUGACAGCCUGCUGCCUGAAGAAACCCAUGAUGCUGAUGAGGAGGAAAAUGAAGAUGAAGAGGAUGAGGAGGGCGUGUACAUGUUGCCGGAUUUUUCCCAGGAACCAUCUGCCUCAUGGAUGGCAGAAGAUGUCAUUGACUUUAGCCCCACCUUCCUGGAAGAUGGGCCAAUAGGGUUGGGGAGCACCGCUGUCGAUCCUAGUGGCAGGGAGUCUCCUCCUGCGGCCGCACCCCCUCCCUACCGCUGUCUGAGCCAUCAAGCCCACACCCGGACUGGUAGCCAGCGCUCAAUAACAGAAGAUCCAGACUCCGUUCUCAAUCAAUCAGAGGCUGCAGCCCGUCGUAGUUUGAUCCUGGCUGCAGCAGCUCCACCUCAGCAAGUGUUCUGUCAGCACAGGCCAUCUGCAGUCACUAAUGCUCCCACAAGCACAGCUCAGCAGGGCGAAUCGAACCUAAGCCCAUCCCAUAGCCAGACACCAGCUCCAGCAACCUCUGUGCCCCCAUCUCAGCCCCCUCAAGAGAGGCGUUCCUUUACACGUAAAGUGGUUCAUGCACUUUCACCUAAAGCACCUAAAUCCCCCCCUAUGGACAUCUCUGAUCCGAUCGCCAUCAGUGUACCUGCCAAGGUUCUGGAAAUGAUUGGUGGACGAGCUGGAGAAUUGCAACCUGGACUUCCAAAUAGUGGACCACCUCAGCCACCCCAGAUGAUAUCUAUGCUACUGAGAUCAUGUGAUUUUCAGCUCACGGAGAGCUGCCAGCAAGAGCUCAACAGUAAGUUGGGCCCCGUCGCAAAAAUCAAGGGUCCUAGUAUCUUGGGUCCCACUGGUGUUCCCCUUCCAUCACAGCAGCCCCCUCCUCCUCCCCCCAAGAACCCUGCACGCCUCAUGGCUCUGGCUCUUGCUGAAAGUGCCAACAAGGCACUGCGGCAAGGUGCCUCACCCCCAUACCGCCCCCGUCAAAGUGGAACCUCCCCUGAGACAGAUGUCCGCUUCCAGAGGUCCCUUUCCGCCGAUGCAGGUACUCUGCUAUCUUCUGAUCCUAAUCAGAUUUAUUCCACGGUACGCCCCUUGUCUGUGUGGAAGACUGAGGGUGAUGAUGAUAAUGAUAAUGAUGAUGAGGGUGGAACUGUUACUGAAAAGCCUGCAGACAAAUCACAUGGUACAGAGUCAAGGUCACCACCUGGGCGAGACACUGGGACACUCUCUUCUGACAGCUCAGUCUCUGACUCUGGGACAUCCAAUUCUGAGUUGUCAGCUGCCAGUUCCUCUGAAGACAAUGAGCGAACACCAAGCCCCAUUUACAGAAAUGAAGAACCAACCACUCUGGCACAGCCCUCAAAAUCCAGCCCACCCUCUUCCAGUGAAACCAUCCCUUCUCAAAGAAAACCCCCAGCUUAUGGAAGACAGUUUUCUGCUCCACAGCUUCAGCAGGAGAAAUCCAGCGGCCAGUCCAAGCCCCCAGCCCAACCACACACUCAGCUUCUCCAUUCUAAAUCAGAGAGCUCUCCACUGGCCCAUGUACGAGCCUUCCAGCCCACUCGCCCUAAAGUGCCACCCAAGCCGCCUGAUCUUGCUCCCUUGAGGGCUCCACUCUCUCAGACUGAUCGGCAUGAUGACAUGCGUCGCUCCUUGGAUCCCACUCGCAUUCGACGCUUGGCGGGGACUCCACAAGGGAACACACCACUUUCCAGAGCGUACUCUGAGCGUAUCAGCAGUACCUCUGACAUGCUGUCUCGCUAUCAUGCAGCCAGGAUGGCCAGCCAAGCUGCUCAGGUUGCACACCUUCCCAUACAACAGCAACAGGCCCAGUCCACAUCCGUCAGACCGGUUGUCCCCUCCUCCGAAGACCCUUCCAAGAUGGAGAACUUCUACUAUGAAAUAGGUGCACCUGAGCAUCCACAAGUGCCACCCAGCUAUGCACGCCACAGCUAUCAAAAUAUGAAGUUAGAUCUGGAGGGAAACCUCCGUCUCACUGAUCCAGCCAAUCAAAGGCCUAUUUCCAGAGGUUACCCCCCUCCCUACAACCACCAAGGACCUGGGAGCGGAAGGGCUCCCCAGCUUUGGUCAUCUGAGGCAACACGAGUUUGGGCCGCAACACAUUCUCACUCUUUCUCCUUUUCCCAUUCUCAUUCUCACCAUCGCUCUCAGGAUGGAUCAUCAGGACAUCCUCCCCAACCCCGUCCCCAGCGUCAGACAUCGUCAUCUGUCAGGUUGCCCCGCAGUGAAGUGUAUCCCAUACACACAUCCGUUGGAGUGGGCUCCGCUGCUGGCAUGGUGCCUCUGUCUGUGCACCAACGUAGCGUGCAUCGCCCCCAGCGUUCCCCUUCUGCAGACCACGCAGCCUCCCAGCUUCAUCCCUACUUUGAAAAUGGGAAGGUAUGUUACCGGUACUUUGAGGCUUCCAGACCGGAAGACUUGCCACUGAAUCCGCAUGCUGUAUUGAACCCAUCUCAGGCCUCACCAGUGCAAGGAAUCUCAAAAGAUCAGCCUGAACACAUUUACGUCAACUACCCUUUCACAAACCCACCAGGACCUGGUGUUAAUUCAAAGGGCUGGGCCACCACAGACCUCGACGAAAAUAAUCACCAAACAUCUGAGACACUGGAACCACUUUCCAAGUCACCACUGGAUGACAAACAGAAGCAUUCAGAGCAAGAAAGUCACACGGCUGCUUUCGACAACCCUAACCAGAAUGAUGUGUCCUCAGAUUCCAAAGUGAUCAAUAUAGCACCGAGUGCCUCCAAUGCCAUGCAUUUCCGCAGUCGCUCAGAUCCCCAAAGUACUAGCUCGGAGCCUGCUCAUGUCCUGACUGGGAAGGAAAUUGCCUCCUUGCUUAUUGAAAAGCUUGCAGAGGAUGAAAGGGAGGGUCUUUCUGUGCCAUCCUCUUCAUCCACUUCUCCGCACAUUGAGCACCCUCCAAAUCCCUAUCCUAGUCAGCAGCAGCAACAACCUCCACCUGCAUAUAAUAUCUACACUCCAGGACCCUCUCGUGGGCGCUUUGAAGGUCAGGUGCUACCUAGAGAGGGAUCAGGACCUUUCCAACGUCAAGACCCCUUGCGGAGAUCUUCCGGAGGCCAGUACAGACAAGCUUUUGACGUCAUGCCAUCUGGCAACCAAGUCCUUAAGUUUUACAGAAGCCAAGACUUUAUCCCAAGCGCCCAGGGAGAAAGCACAACUGCUAACCCUUAUCCCCCAAGACCAUAUUAUCAGGACCCCCCAUACCCCAAUUGGGGCCCUCAAGGCCUCCCAGACUCUUCCCACACAUGCACUCCACCUACAGUGGCCUUCUCAAACUUAGCGCUUGGAUCGACAAGAGUAUAUGGGCCUCAGACAGUGGCCAAUCAGUUUAACCAGUACCCAUACCAGUCAGGGCCAGUGCUUCCCCAGUAUCCCAACACACCACGGCGAGAUGUUGUCGUGGAUCCUUCUCUUCGGCCUCCAGGGUUGCGGAACCAGAGAGGCUUAAACCGGCAGGGAAGCCUGCCGGGCCCCAACUGGACCAUCCAAACUGAGGGCCAGACCCGUAGUUACUGCUAAAGAGCACAACUGCCACAAAAAUCCUGUGUGUUUAGAGGAUAUGAUGUAGACUGGUUAUAAGCACUAGACUUUUGUUUCCUGUACAAGUUAACAUGUUGUGAAACUAAUUGUGUUAACCUCCUCAAAGGGAGACUGAAUAUACAGAAACAAAGUUAAGUGUGGUAUGUGCUUACUAGUCUUUCUGUCUCAGAGAGACCCCAUUUCUGUCCUUCAAUUAGUGUGUGUAUUGGAGUGGAAAAAGUAUACGAGAAUAAGACUUGAAGCAGAAAGGAUUAAAGAAGUGAACCAUAAAGUGGCUUAGAUAUGAAAACAUUCCAGAACACACUGUGCUGUCCAGCAGAGGGAGUCAGAGAGGUACAUAGCUGCUAUUACUCUGACAGGACGUUGCUCAGUGGCUAAUUUUUGUUUUUCUGCUUUGGGUUUUGUUUGGUUUUAGGUUCUUUUUGACACUAAGUCAUGCUGUACAGGGGCACAAGCUUGAUAUGUCUUUCUUCCUCCACAAAGUACGAUAUAAAUGACCCCAAGUGCUGGUGGUUAUAUGAAACUUUGAGUAUGGCUAGCUAUCUUAAUUUUUUUGGCAAAAAUGUUUUAGUAUUUCCAUUUUAAAUUUUUUUCCCUAAGUUAUUGUAAGUUUUCAUUGGAACGAGUUAUUGUGAAAGUUUUAUUUUGUAUUUCUUGAAUUCGUUUCAAAGAAUGUGAGGUUUAGGAUUUUUUUUUAUUAUUAUUUCUUUAGUCUGUGUGAAUUUGUGAGUGAAUUAAUGUGUCAUUCGCAGAGUGUCUGACAUUAAGCACAUAUAAAGUAACUGUAAUUGCA